AGGUACCUAGGUACUACCUACCUAAUACAAUGAUCCUUUGCCUAAUACAUUGACUCGGAACGCGCGGUGUGCGUGUCAAUGUCUAUUCCCUUGGGCUCAGGACGCUCACACAAUACUACCUUCUCUUCUACCAUUGGUACCUAUGUCAAACGCUGUGGCCGCUUUGGUCAAACGUCCAUCGCCCCGAGCAAAAAAGUUAUUUAAAUGAAAAAAAUGGCUUCGAUUAGAAAGUAUAUAGAUAUUGGCGCAAACCUUACUGAUGAUAUGUACCAGGGUGUGUAUCAUGGCUCAAAGAAACACGAACCAGACUUAGACAAAGUCCUGAAUAGAAGUUGGAGUUAUGGGAUGGAUAAGAUGAUUAUCACAGGAACCAACCUCCCUGAUAGUAAAAAAGCCAUUGAAUUUGCACACUCAGAUUCCAGACUAUUUUCUACUGUAGGAUGUCACCCAACAAGAUGCAAUGACUUUGUACCUAAUCCGGAGAAAUACCUUGACGGACUACGGGAGUUGAUCACGAAGAACAAAGAUAAGGUGGUGGCCGUUGGAGAGUGUGGACUGGAUUAUGAUCGGUUACACUUUUGUGAAAAGGAUGUACAACUGAAGUAUUUUGAAUACCAAUUGCAGCUGAGCCGAGAGUUCCAUCUACCCUUGUUCCUGCAUUGUCGAGCAGCUGCCGAUGACCUACUGGAUAUAAUUGCCAGAAACCAGGAUAAAGUUGUGGGAGGUGUGGUGCAUUCAUUUGAUGGAACUGAAGAAGCAAUGAACAGGAUUUUGGCUUUGGGAUUGUACAUUGGUAUUAAUGGAUGUUCACUAAGGACUAAAGGGAAUUUGGAAAUAGCAGCAAAAAUACCAACCGACAGACUGAUGAUAGAAACAGACUGCCCCUGGUGUGAAGUGAAGGCGACCCAUCCUGGCUAUGGACAUGUUGUCACAAAGUAUCCGUCAGUAAAGAAAGAAAAAUAUGAUAUUGGGUCCGACAAGCAAGUGAAAGGACGAAAUGAGCCGUGUAAUAUUGUGCAAGUUCUGGAGAUCUUGGCGGCGAUUCGAAAAGAAAACAUUGACGACUUGGCACAGUCCAUUUAUGGUAACACUAAUAAGUUAUUUUUUGAAAAUAAAUGAAUAGAUUUUGUGAUUGAAUUUGUUUUCGUGAUCUUGGAUGCCAGACUAUUCCCCAAUAACUUAAAAAAUACUGUUGUGGCGUAUUUAUUCUUUAUAUUUCAUUUUGUAUUUUUAGCAGUUUUCACACUUUUGAAAAAUUAAAAAUCCAGCUGUAAGAGCCAAAUUUUAUUAUUUAUUUUCUACUUUUUCCGACAUGCAGAACAAUGCUCAAACAAAAAUCAAUAAAUACAAGUUUUUGAGCAUAACGAAGCUCACACAAUUUCUAUUUGCACAUUGAAAGCUAAUAGGGUAAUAUGGAUGAAUCUAUCAACAGAUCAGCUACUUUCAUGGGAGUUAUCAUAAUAAAAAUCGAUUCACUAACAAUAUUUUAUUGUGACUCCUUACAGUUACUCAGCACAUAACAUUAAUCUUGUCAGAGAAAUGGCCGGCCUGACACACUAUGUUCACAAAUUGUAUACAAAUCUAUUAAGAAAUUAUCAUAACAAUGACAAUUCUGUUCAAAAUCUAAUAGAAGUAUGGAUAUAGAUUAGUGAAAAACUGUAAUACUUUGGCACAGACAGAUUUUAAAUUACAAUUAACUUAGUGCCGUUAGUAACAUAGUCAAGGGGCCGUAGUGCUAGUUUGCAAUUCGAUAUCGACUGUCGAUUUUCACACGCAGCGAACCAAUCACAGUAUGGCAUUAUGACGCGACGACAACCACACCGCAAUGUGAUUGGUCCACUGCGUCUCACUACAAAAUGUUUUACCAAUAGAUAUUGAAUACCAAACUAGCCGUUCGACCUCUGUUCACUUUAAAAAUAGUUGUCGGACCGCCACACACUGAAAUUCAUUCCUCUUUUAUAAAAAUUCUGUAUCUCUAAACACAAACUCUCAAACAAAUAAAUAUACUACAGACUUAUACCUAUAUGCUUCAGUUAAAAUAAUUUCAUUAGGUGUUAAUGUACAAUAUGAAAACCCAAGGGUAACUUGGCUUAAAUGCAAACAAGGAAUGUUAAAUUCAUGUCCAAUACUGAUUUGAGAGAUUUAUCAAAAUAAUACUUAAUGAUUAAUUUUGUCAUGACAAAACGAUUUAAAAAUAUAAGUUUUAUGAUAUGAUAUUAUUGCAUUGAUUAAAAGAUAUUCGUUGUUAAUAUAGCCGAUUUGAAAAUUGUACUGUUUUUACAGAAAUAAAUAUGAUUCUCGGGUUUCCAAGGAGUCAUGUGUAGAUGGAGGACAGUGUAAUUUUAUACAUAAUUUGUGCAUUUCGAUUUGUAUAUUAAUAAAUGUGUUACUAAAUUUAGCAACUAGCAAACUGGUAGCAAAAUUAUAUAAAAAAAAAAAUAAACAAUUUCAAAUUAAAAUAAAAUACAGAUGAUACAUAGAUAAAAUUAGUUUUCGAGACAUAGUAAAAUUAAAAAUAUCAGGCCAUUCAUAGGAACGGAAGCAUAGAGAGACAAAAUAUUUACAAUUAAAAUUAAAUACACAAAUAUGGUGUGAACACAGCCUAAAAUUUGAAUUGUUCACCGUUCCAUAGCCAAUGAUGUUACUGGCACGUUGUAAAAGGUAUUCCUCCAUCGGCACAUGGUAGAAUCACAUGGAGUCACCGUGAAGUUCAGGGGAUCUCCGAGUACAGGCUGACCUGCUGCCGGAACCAGUGGAAGUACGUCGUCACGUGCUCCCGCGUCACAUUCAGGGCGGUCUGCGUUUUGUUCUGCAGGAUCUCGGGGGCCCAUUCUCCU